CCCUCUACAGGGACGUCAUGCAGGAGACCUAUGAGAUGGUGACCUCGCUGGGAUUUCCCAUUCCCAAACCUGAGCUUAUCACCCGCCUGGAGCAAGGGGAAGAGCCGUGGGUGCCCGAUCUCCAGACCUGCGAGGAAAGAAGGCUUCCAAGAUGCCCCCAUACAGCAGGUGCUGAGCGAGGGAAUGAGAAUGAGGAGGAGGAGAAUCAUCAGGAAGUUCCUGGAGAAGUGCAACCACAGGUGACCUUUGUGGGAGGAGCUAAAGGGAAAUGUUUCAGUCCAAAGUCAGCACAAAAGUCACUUAAGAAAAGCCACACAGAAGGAAGGCCCCAUAAGUGCUUGGACUGUGGGAAAAGUUUCAUGCAGAGGUCACACCUUAUUAAACAUCAGGCAUUACACACAGGAGAGAGACCCCACAAGUGCUUGGACUGUGGGAAAAGUUUCAAGCAAAGGUCCCACCUUGUUACACAUCAGGCAAUCCACACAGGAGAGAGACUCCACAAGUGCUUGGACUGUGGGGAAAGUUUCAUAAGAAGGUCAGACCUUGUUUGUCAUCAGUCAGUCCACACAGGAGAGAGACCCCACAAGUGCGUGGAUUGUGGGAAAAGUUUCAUAAGAAGGUCAGACCUUGUUUGUCAUCAGUCAGUCCACACAGGAGAGAGACCCCACAAGUGCGUGGAUUGUGGGAAAAGUUUCAUAAGAAGGUCAGACCUUGUUCACCAUCAGGCAAUUCACACAGGAGAGAGACCCCACAAGUGCGUGGACUGUGGGAAAAGUUUCAUACGAAGAUCAGACCUUGUUUGUCAUCAGUCAGUCCACACAGGAGAGAGACCCCACAAGUGCUUAGACUGUGGGGAAAGUUUCAUACGAAGGUCAGACCUUGUUUGUCAUCAGUCAGUCCACACAGGAGAGAGACCCAACAAGUGCGUGGACUGUGAGAAAAGUUUUAUAAGAAGGUCACACCUUGUUCGACAUAAGGCAGUCCACACAGGAGACAGACCCCACAAGUGCUUGGACUGUGGGAAAAGUUUCCUAAGAAGGUCACACCUUGUUUGUCAUCAGUCAGUCCACACAGGAGAGAGACCCCACAAUUCAAUGACCCAGAAUCUUCUGAUGACGAUGGUGCUAAAUAUCACUGAGGCUGGGAAGGCAUUGUGGUGA